AGCAGUUGAUGUCCUUGAGCUGGAGAAAUCGCCCAUGAGAAGGGGCCAGUUUCUCUUUAAGGGGGCAGGACUCCGGAAGCAUCAUGAAGAGAAAGAGUAGCUUUCCCUCUCCCUCCCCCAGCUGCUCCUGGACUGGGGAAAAGUCAGACUCUGCUUUUGCCAGAGACUGAGGGAAGUGGGGAUGAGGCAGAGGGCUCCGGGCUGGGAGGCAGAUCAGGGGUGUGGGGAGGGGAGGAGGGGGAGGAGGAUCUGCUAAUUACACAAAACCGCUCUGGGGGCUGCUGAAGUCCAGAAUGAAGCAAAGAGCAGCAGAAGCGAGUGCUGCAGUGGGAGCAGAGGAGGCACCGGCAGGGAUUCCCACCCAGGGAGAAUUCUGCAGCUCCGUCCCUGCUGGGGACUGAUCCUCCGGAGAAGGGACUAUCUGGGCUUGACAAAAAGUCCUUCACCUGGGAAGGGAGAGUGCUGAGUAGCCAGUCAGAAGAGGCAAGAUCAUGGAAAAGCAGCACUAAAUUGGCCCCCUUUCUCUGCUGACCUGGAGCAAAGGGAGUUUGGAGCCGAUGGAGCCUGGCAUUUAAACAUCUGGUCUGACUCGUUUUCCCUCCAGGAAGAGCAAGCGAUGGCUGCCAAAGGAGUGGAAUCCACACCCAUGCCCCCCGUAGUCCAGUCCAGGAUGGAGAACUUCAGAAAGGUCAAGACGUCGGAGGAGGAUAGCCCACUGCCUUUCCCCGACCUGCCCCCCGGUGUGGUGGAGAUGAAGGUGAAGGAGGGCAGCAAGAUCAGGAAUUUGAUGGGCUUUGCCAUGGCCAGGAUGGAGCUGAAAGGCACCCGGCAGAUAGUUUUCAGUGGCUGUGGUCGGGCAGUCACCAAGACCAUCACCUGUGUGGAGAUCAUGAAGAGGAAGCUGGGAGGUCUUCACCAGGUCACCAAGGUGCGGUACAAGACCCUGCUGGAGGUGUGGGAGAACAAGGACCCCCAGCCGGAUGGCCGAGUGGAGAACCUGACUGUCCACAAGAAUGUGCCCUCCAUCUGUAUCCUAUUGUCCAAGGAUCCUCUGGACCCCAGCGAGAUGGGCUACCAACCCCCGGAGCCCAGAGAUGGGCUGUGGGCUGAAAAGGGGGGAAUAGAAGAAGAUAGACUCAGUUCAUGCUCACAAGGGGUGAAGAGACCUUUGGCACCUCCACACGGGGAGCUGGCUAACAAGAAAAUGCAGGUACAGGUACUGGAGAGUCCAAAGGGCUUGGGGGCUAUGGACUACAUGCUGGACUAUCAUCACUGACCCCCCACCCCCAGAGAAAUAACCUAAGCCAUACAUAGUGUACAUAGAAAGGAGAUUCUAUAUUGAAGACACUCUAGAUUUUUAGACACUUUGUAAUCAAUAAAGGGAUGUUGA